UCAAUUUGCAUGUGCAUGUCUCUACUUCGAUGCGGGAUGGAGUAGUGUUGAUACAUAUAUGCAUACGAGCAAGAAGCAAUCGGUAUUCGUAGCUUCUUGUCACUUUUCUAACCUGUCCACUUCACUCGCGCGUCACGAAUGUCCCGGUGUUUUUGGUGCAGUGACUGGUGCAAUAAUCGAUUACCGGUGAUUUAAUCGCGCGAGAAACAAUAAUAUGAUGUCGCGGUCAGUGCGCGCAGAGACCCGUAGUCGUGCCAAGGAUGAUAUUAAACGUGUGAUGCAGGUAGUUGAUAAAGUUCGUCACUGGGAAAAAAAAUGGGUUACUAUAGGAGAGACAACUAUGAAAAUAUACAAAUGGGUUCCAAUUUCGACUCUUGAUCAGGUAUGUAAGAAGAUAAUUUCAGCCAACAGUAAAUUUAUGUUAAUAAAAACAAAUUACAAGAGUAAAUGUUUUACGUUGCAGAAGAAAAAAAGUAAAACUGUUUCCGAUAAAGAGAAUGGCUUACCGAGAAAAGGAGUAGAUUCAUCAAAUUCUAAUUUUGGACUUACAGAAGAUUCCAAUACAUGUUUUUCCACUGUUAGUGAUUCCCAAGGACUAACAGAUUUUUCUGCACAUUUGGGUUUCUCGGAGGAUUCCAAUUCGCAAAAUAGCGAAUCUGCACCUAAGAGAUUAAAGACUGACUAAUGUUUGAUUUGUAAUCAACAUCAACACCACUGUCAUAUACGGUUUGACAUAUUUAGGAAUCACUAUCUCUUUUGUAAAUUUGCACUCGAUAAUUUUGUGUUGAAUCAUACCUCUUGACAUGGAUGAAUUGCAAAAAGAUUUUUGUUUCAUCCAAAUUUAGUGUGAAAUCUAGAUAAUAUAUA